AUGAUGUUAGCUUCAUAGUUUGCUCGCAUGCUAGCGUUCAAGCUACUAAAAUGUCGAUUAAUAAAUGAAACAGUGUUACGUUUUCAAAGUACCGGCGAGGUGACUGCUUAUUAAUACGUUUAAAUAAGCAGCCGACGUAAAUAGUGACUUAUUACUUUUGAGAACCUUUGUUAGCUGUUGCUAAUAUUAGCAUGUGAGACGUGCUACCCAAGAUGGACCGGCUGUUUUCAGGCUUAUGUCUGCCAUAAACGUUCAGAACAAAGACAUGCAAGCAGACCAAACAGCAGCAACUCAUGGAUGCUGCUGCAGUAACAGCAGCUCCAGCGCUGCGCCGAGGACAUAUAAAACAUGAUGCACUGAGAAAUAAGGACAAGCUGACAAAUCCAAGCAGCAAGAUGGGGGACGUUUUGGAAAACGUUGUUGCUUUGGUGUACCGCCACAAGAAUGGGAUACACCUGAAUGGAUUGUCCAAUCUCUACAACCAGAAAUACCGCACUAACCUAUCUAUACGCGACUUAAACUUCACCUCCAUUUUGAGCAUGGUUUCCACUCUAGAAGACCUGGUGGUGGAGGGCAAUGUGGUGUUUCACAAGGAACAUCGGCGUCAAAACCAAGAUGCUGCUGAAGCAAAAGCAAAAAGGACAAUGAAUGCAGAGGUUCUGCAAAACGUUGUUGACUUGAUAAAGGAACAUCAUAAGGGGAUUCGCCUGAAGAACUUGGCAAAGGUAUACAAGGAGGUACACCAUCACGACUUGAUGAUAUCGUCUAUGGGUUUCAAAACAAUGUCAGAUCUCAUUGAAUCUCUGAAAGAGGAUCUAGUUAUGAAGGGGGAAAGGAUUUUCCAUAAGAUUCAUAAGAUGCACCUCUCGGAAAGUCAACCCUUAGCGGGAGCAUCAACAAGAAUCAAAGAAGACAGUCGACCUACAACACCGCAGACACCAGAUUCACUCAAGGAGAAGGGUAGCAGUAACCCAGCAACUCAAGUAGCUGCGCUCCAGGUGGAUUACAGCUUGCCCAGUGCGUCUGUCCCUCUGUCAGCGAUGAACUUUUUUGGCUCACCUUUUGUGGCCUCUACCUCAUCGUUAUCAACUCCUUACAUCCCCGGCAACCCACCUGUUGCUGCAUCCCAGCCAGUUACGCAGCUGACCCAAGACCAGCUGUACCAGAGAGUGUUGCAGGUAAUAAAGACUCAUCAUCUGGCAGCUCCAACAAUGGAGCAGCUGCAAACCUACUACACUCAGAUGUUCAGGGAACCGUUUCCACUCAAGCAGUACAUGUCCCUGUACGACAGCGUGGAAGCAAAGAAGCUGCCGAGUCAAACCGAACCGGCAGCAAAUCCCCAGACAAACGCAUGGCAGGGAACCAAAGCCACACAAAACCACAAGAAGGCCGCCGAAGCAGAGAUGCCACCUGCAGAUGGAGCCGCCCUGCUGACCGCUAGUGAUUUCCCGGUGCUGGGGGCGAGCGUGGCGGUGACCAAAGAGAAGAAAGGCAAGGCGAAAGAAGCCAACCAGAAAGAGGCCAGUGCGCCUGUCUUCAGAGAAAGGCUUUAUGCCCAGCACAGGGAGAUCCACGGCGGCAACAUGCGGGCCAUGGAGGCCAUGGAGGACGAUGACGAGGAUGCGAAGUCGAGGAAGCGGAAGAGGGCCAUGGAUCCGGAAACGAUCAACAACGUGACCGAGAGCGUUGUACGAGAAAUCGCCUCUGAGGGGGAGCUGGUCACUAAAGAAAAGGUGAUGUCCAGAGUUUGCAAAAUGUUUCCUUCCUUGGACCCAGGAAUGCUGAAACCUCGAACUAUUCCAGCUCUCAAAAACCUUCAGUACCUCAUCAGAGAAGUUAACAUGUUCAUAGAGGCUACAGAGGCGGUGACGUCCAUCUGCACGCUGUAUGAGCUCGGCCAGUCGCUGGCCGGUCUGAAGGACAAGAAGCGCUACGAAGAGCUCAACCUGGGGCCGCUGUGCAAGCUUCCCCUUGUCCAUCGCAUGUUCAAGAUCGACAGCAACACGAAAGACGACGACAUCCCUGAGAUCGAGACCGUAGACGUCUUAAAGCAAAUUAAGGUUUUUAGGAGGAAGCAUUCAAACCAAAGGUUGGACCUGGCAGAGUUUAUGAAGCAUCUGUCUGAUCAUUACAACUGUGAGUCUCCCUACGAGUUGGGGAUCAGGAUUCCCAGUUUUGGUCUACCGAUUUCGAGCCUGAUCAAGGUGAGCCGAUGUGAGCAAGCCUACCUGGAACAGGCCAGGGAAAUCAUCCAGAGAGAGCUGGAGGAGGAGACCAUGGAGCGACUGAGAAAAGUCAAGAAGAGCGUCCUAGAGCCGCUGCAAGGCGCCGCUUUCUUCUCCUCUACAGGUAAUGCUGACCUCAGGAGGAAGUACGCCUCCAUGCCAGCAGGCGACGUCGUGCUGGAGGUCUUGUCGAACGCCCAGGGAGUGUUCAGCCCCAGGAUGGGGAAGCACAUCCAGGGCUUCUUGACGCAGGUGUCAGUCGAUCGGCUGGCGAGAGCUCUGUUCCAACUGGCCAUCUGUGGAGGUUCCCUGGCGGUUCCACAGGACCUGGUGCCCAAAGAGAAGACCCCCAAAGCUACAGAGGAAGCUAAAGCGGUGGACAAAGCUGCUCCGACCCUCCCCAGUGAAGCCAAACUGAAACAGUAUGUAAAAGACAACCUGGUUGCUCAAACCUCAGCCAUCACUCUGGCACACAUCGCCGCUCUGGAGAAGAAGCUCACCAAACACUUUCACAUCAAAGACUUCUUCUCCUUAGAACAAGGAACCUUCCUGGAAUUCCUGGUGAAACACAUUCAGCUACUGCAGGAAUCUCUAGGAUCAGCUUUGUUUCUGGGAACUAAUGCUCAACUCACAGGCACUGGUUUCAGACCCACCAAACAAGACGUGUUUGAAUUCAUUAAACAGUGCGGCAACAUAUCCUCCACCGAUCCAGACGAACUGGCUCACAUUGAGACAGCACUGCGGUCCCACUACAAGGUCCGGGACAGUCGGGACUUGGGCCAUGGGACGCUGCAAAUGCUGGCUGGCUUGGUCAAGAGGCAAAGAGAGCAUUUUGGAGGAGGACUGAGCUCCGUCUACUAUGAGUCAGCUCUGUUGGCCAAACACAGCAAAGCAAGUGUUGAAAGUGGCUACGAGUCGGUGGGACGCCUGGGAGAGAUGUCAAAGGCCCAGGCCCUGGCCAGCUUGCUAUGCUGCCCUCUACUGGAGGAUUUAAACAUCUGGAGCCAAUGGGAGCUGAUCUUUAAACCCAGUUAUGGGCCCCUGAAAGACUUCAUUGAAACUAAUGCAGCGAAUACGGGCCUGGCGGCGCUGGAGGUAACCCCUGGUUUGCUGCUGAGGAUCACCACAGACACGGGCGACAAACACUUCACCAACGCCGUGGCAGCGCUCGACCCCGUCGGCACAGCCGGCCACCUCGUGUCCAUGGUGACGGCCGAUGGGAUCGACAACGCUCCCACCGCUCUCCUGGCCAAUCACAUGGAGAACUCUCUGGCCGCAGCUGUGGCUGAAGAAGAUCUGUCCAAAGCGGAAGAGGACGUGACGUGUUACAGCAGAGUGGCCAACUUCCUGCUGCAGUGUUUGACACGGAUCCCCACGAGAACUUGCCAGGCGCUUCUGCAGCAGGUGUUCCUGGAGCCCUUCUCCCGCGUGUUGGGUCAAGCCAAAUCUAAAGAAGUCCUGAUCAGGAUGGCUCAAUCUGACCCCAAACAUAUGAGCUGUCUGCACCGGCUGGGCAUCCUCCUGGGAAUCACAGACUGGGUCAAAGACUACCAGAAGAAGUUGACCUCACUCCAGAGCCAAAACAGUAACGCUUACGUAGCGAAUGGGGAUCACGGCAAGCCCAAUCUGACUGAAUCUGACAGCAGCAGUCUGUCUGCUCUAAACAUGAGCGAAGACGAGUUCCUCGAGGACGACCUCACAGACAGCAGCUCUGUGUCUUCUCACCUCAACCAGAGCAUUCACCAAGUUAAUGGCGACCAACCAAAAGAGCCUGAUGAAGAAGAUGAUGAGGAGGAGCUAUAUGAGCUGGCCUCCAUUCCUAAUGGAGAGACGUCAAACAUCAGCAGUGAAGCUGAAUGCGAUCAAGGAGGUCAGAUCGACAAGUCCGACUCAGAUGAAAAGGAGGUUAAUGGUUGUCAGUCGGAGGAUGCAUUCUGUCAUCAGAAAAACGUCAUUGAAGACAUCAGGAAGAGUGAGUUUGGCAUUGGCGUGGAACUGAAUGCGGAAGGCCAGAAGUUGAUGCAGGUCCACCAGGAGCGACUGGGCCGCAGCUUGGACCGGCUGUCCACUGAACUCUACAGCAAAGACACACACUUUGUCCUAGAACUUAUUCAGAAUGCCGAUGACAACAGCUACCCCUCCGGGGCCGGCGCCGUCCCAGCGCUUGCCUUUAUGGUGGAGAGAGAUUGCAUCACCGUCCUCAACAAUGAGACGGGCUUCCAGGAGAGGAACGUCAGGGCCAUCUGUGACGUAGGCCGCAGCACCAAGGGCAAACACAAAUACGGAUACAUUGGGCAAAAAGGGAUUGGCUUCAAGUCUGUGUUUAAGGUCACAGAUUGUCCUGAGAUCCACUCCAACGGCUUCCACCUGCGCUUCGACAGGAACUGCGGCCCCAUGGGAUACAUCCUCCCCCACUGGACCGAGGAUGAGAGGCCUCUGGAUGUACAGCUCAAGGACAUCCAUCGGCACAACUGGACCACAAAAAUCUGCCUCCCCUUGCGUUCUGAAAGUCACCAAACGAGGAACCUGUUCCACGACGUCCAUCCCUCUCUGCUGCUCUUUCUGCAUCGCCUGCGCUCCAUCACCAUUUAUAACCAGAGCGAGAAGCGCCUUGUGACCAUGACUCGCAAAGACCUGAGUCACAAUGUGUUGGAGGUGGAGCACACAGAGGGAACAGAGCGCUGGCUAGUGGUCAAAACCACACUGCAGCCCAACAGGAUAAAAGAAGAUGUCGAGUCGACUGAACUCGCUCUGGCUUUCCAGCUGGGUGGUGGCGAGACGGAGAGCGACGUCGUUUGCCAGCCACAAAAGCAGCCCGUGUUUGCUUACCUGCCUCUUCGCAGUUUUGGCUUUCGUUUCAUCAUCCAAGGCGAUUUCGACAUCCCUUCUUCCCGGGAAGAUGUUGAUAGGGACAGCUCCUGGAACCAGUGGCUUCGCUCAGAAAUACCACAGCUCUUUCUCAAGGCCAUGGAUGUCUUCACUACUCACCCAGAGUACAGAGGCCUGAAAGGUCUCUGCCAGUUCCUGCACUUCAUCCCCCUGCCUGACGAGGUGCUGGACUUCUUCAAGCCUGUUGCCGGGCAGAUUAUUCAGCUGCUAAAGGGCAGGGCCUUCCUGCCAACUCUUGGCUCAGGUGAUAAGGUCGUGUACAAGCAGCCGUCGCAGGUCGCCGUCUGUCAGGACGCCGUGAUCCGAGAGGUGAUCAGCGGCGACGAGCUGGAAAAGCACCUGUCUCUGUCCUAUCUCCAUCCGGGACUGAGCCCGCCGCCUCCCGCUUCCCUGCUCACUCAGAUGGGAGUCCGGUACCUACGGGGAUCGGAUGUUACCACGGUAACCACAGCCAUGGCGAAGGAGCUGGUCAAAGCAGAGGGCAUCCAUUCAGAGGGAGGCCUCCGUCAGCUGGCCAGGCUGCUGGUUUGCAACUUUCGGGCGAUGGAGCACGGCUACGGAGAAGCCGAGUCCAUCCUCCAGAACCUCAGGGAGCUGAGCAUCAUCCCUCUGGCUGACGGACGGGUGGUGGCGCUCAGCGGGGACAGCGUGUUCUUUCCCAUGGAAGAAACCGCGACUAAGAAGAAGAAAAAAGCUCAGGCUCAGACAGGACCACUGUCUGCAUUGUACAAAGAUCUGAGUGUGGUCCAACCCUCUCUGUUGAACUGUUUGGGGCCUCUGGAAAGCCAGCAGAUCCGAGAGCUGCUCAAGAGGCUUGGGGUCCACGAACUGGAGCCACAGGAGCUGCUGGAGCAGCACAUCUAUCCCACCAUUAACAGUAGCAAAUGGAAGUCAAAGCCUGAGUCGGUGGUAGUGAGCUACUUGGUUUUCAUCAAGCAGCAUUCCUCCUCUAGCCAGGAAUACUCGGACAUUGCAGUACCUGUACUGACCUGCAGGGGUCUGCUGUGCCCCGCUACCGAAAGGGUGCAUUUCUCUGAGGAAUACAGCAACAUCAACCUGCCAAAAACGCUGCCCGGCUGCGACUGGAUCCUGCUGAGUCCCUGUUAUGUGCAGACAGACGGCGAUGUGGCUGGAUGGAGGGAACUGUUCGGCAGGCUGGGGGUCAGGGACGGCCUCAUCCUCCGCAAACAGCGUCGAACUCUGACCCCUCAGGAACUGGCCUCCAGUCACUGGUCAGCUGAAAGUGCAGGGUGGCACCAAGGUCCAGGAAGUGACUGUGUGCUCGAUGACUACCCCUGUGAGGAGUUCCACGCUCUGGUCACAGCUCAGCUUCCCGGCUCCCUCCUGCUGCAGCAGAGAAUGGCUCUGUUAGAGCUGCUGCAGACCAACUGGGACUGCGGGCACCGUUACUCUCAGUACCUCACAGCUCAGGUCGUCGAUGGCAACGGCAGACCAGUCAAAAACACCAAGUCUUCCUUUUACCAUCUGCUGUGCAGCCUUGAGUGGGUGCCAGCUUAUCGCCCUCUAGAGGAAGAAAAACAAGAGAGGAAGUACCUCCGUCCCAGCUCAGUCUAUCUGACGUCGCCGGAGGUCCGCAGCCUGCUGGGAACUCACGUCUUUUAUGUGGACACACGCUCCAGCGAAUUCAGCAGAGCCCUAGGCAUGAAAGAGACUAUCACGGUAGACGUUCUGAUCCAGUACCUGAAGGGAUGGUGCAUCAAGCCAGAAGAAGACAACCAAGAGGAGAGGUCCGCUGCAGACGAGACGGAGGGAGCACAUUUCACCACAGCCAUUACGCACAUCCACAACGUCUACAACUACCUGAAGGACAACUGUUCCUUGAGCAGCCUGAAGGAGCUGUUCCAGCACACCCCCGCUGUGUUUGUAGAGAAUAAGAGGCAUAGUGAUAACUGGUGUUCAGGACGCUUCUAUCACCUGAAGGAGGUGUGUUGGAGCGAUAACACCUCCUUGUUCCAGCGUUACAGACAACUCACUCAGAGGGAGGACAGCCCCGUCCUGCAGCCCAAAGUCCUGGCUCCUUUCUACAGCCACCUGGAGGACAUGAGGGACUUCUUCCUGAACUGCCUGAACGUCGAUGACAGUCCCAACAUGAAGCAGUACGUGGGUUUGCUGGAGCUGAUCUGCUCCUCGGUUUCCGUACCGACCGCUGAAGUGCUGCAGGAUGUGUCCGUACUGUACGCCAAACUCGCUCAAAAGUGUAAGCGUAAAGUGUUUGGAGACCAGGAAACCAAAUUGGAUCCGAGUUACAGCUCCCAGUUGAAAGUCAUGGUCUCCGACAUGAAGGUUUUCCCCACUAAGGACAGCUGGGUGAGUCUGAGUCGUCAGCCUAUGAUCGGCGACGACAAAGAGCUGGAGAAGAUCUUCAAACCUCACAAGGAGGUUUGUCUGCUCCACCUGCCGCCACCAGAGAAGAAGUCUGUUCCCAGGAGUAAGACCGGUCAACCGGUCGCAGGGGAUCGAGCUACUAAACCAGCCUUCUACGAGAAGGACAGAGACUCAUUCCUGAAGAUCUGCGGGAUCCGUCGUCUUUCCCAGUGUGUCAAAUGGGAGCCCCAGACUGAGAGCUGGAGUCCUUGUGCCUCCAUGCAGUCCCUGGUGCGCUUCGUCACCCCCUACAUCCAGAGGUUCCUCUACCACCAUGAAGAGCUGGCCGACGUCUACGCAGACCUGACCGACGGGAACAUAGCAGAGAAACUCAAGCACCUCUCCUUUGGACAGGUGGGGAAGCUGUACAUCCGCUACCAGCUGGACGUGGCCGGCAACGAGAACGCAGUGAUAGAGCUGCAGGAUGUGAUCUGUCUGCUGAAGGACGAGAAGGAGCUCUACAUUCAGAAGGACCAUGUCAACGAGAAGCUGGAGAUCCUGAGUGAGCUGGUGAAGCUGUUCUGCACAGAGAGCAGCCACAGAAAGGACCUGAAGCAGUUCCUGAUCCUCCUGAUCAACAGCGAUGAAAGGGCUCUGGAGAGACUGAUGAAAAGAGAGAACAUCAGAGAGCUGCCCAGCGACGAAGAGCAGUGGGAGGUCCCAGAGCCCCGCAGAGCAGAGACAGACAAUGACAGAGUAUUUUUCAGGAGCUACUCUUCCAUCAGCUCCCCAGAGGAGACGUUUUUCCCCCCUCAAACAGACGGGGAACAAACGCUGGCCUGCUGGCCUCCUCGAGCUUCCAUGUCGAACACAGGCAGCAGCCAUUCAGGUCAGCCUAAAAGUGACGUGGUAGAUGCCGUCUUAAAGAUGUGGCCUCCUCCUGCCGCUCCUAAAGAUCGAGACCCAGAGAAGGAAGCGGGUCCCGGCAGAAGAAGCGGCGAGGAAGACCAGGCCCCCAGGAGGCCUGCAGACCCUCAGGGCCCUCAGAGAGUCCCGAGCCGUCCCGGGGAACCUCGCGCCAAUGCGGCGACCAUCAGCGCUCCAAAAUCUCCAGAGCGCAGCCAGCAGUCUGAGACCGCCGAGUCCCACAAAGCCGACGGUGGAGAGGAGAGGCUGGUUCCCGUGGCGACGCCAAGUCCUCCAUCUGAGCCGCCUGCAGAACCUUCCAGCAACCAGCUGCCUCUAAACAGCCUGGUGGGGCCUGAGGCAGUGGUUCCCUGCGGUACAUUCCAGGGGACGGCAGUAGCUGGGGACAUGCAGCGUCCUCUCCUGAACAUGGACUUCCCCCAGUGGGACAAAGACCACUCACUGCGUACCACACUGGAGGACAUGGAGCUCCCCUGCCAGAGACCCGACACCGUGGUGUUUCUGGACGAGCAGAUGGACCUGGCGGCAGUGGGCGAGUGGGGGGAGCAGCUGGUCAACUCCUUCCUGUGCCACUGGAGGGACAGCAGCGACCCCGCGCGGCCCACCCACGUCCUCUGGUGCAAUCAGAGCGGCGAGAGCGGCCAGCCCUACGACUUCAAGCUGGCCUUCGGAGAGGCAGGAGCCAUAUUUGUAGAGGUCAAGUCGACAGUGAAGAGAGAAAAAUCCUUCAUCCACAUGUCGGCCAACGAGCUGGACUUCGCUCUGAAAGAGAAGGAGCGCUACCACAUCUACAGAGUGUACAGCGCCGGGGACGCUCAGAACGUCCGUCUGUGUCGGAUUCAGAACCUGGCGCAGCAUCUCCACACCAAGGACCUGGCUCUGUUUCUCUUUGUGUAGUUUAUUGUUAGAUCUGCACAAGUAUUUGCACUGUAUCUGUCAUAAUAUCAAGUGUUUCAUAUAAUGUACUUUUAAACCUUUGUCUAUUGUAUAUCAGGUGUUUUAAUCCCGGCGUGCGUCGCCACACUCUUAAUUUCAGUUCCUUUUUUUUUUAUCCAAGAAUCGCUUUUAAAUACAUAAUUUGUUAUUCA